GCAAAGAGUGGGCGCGGCUUAGUGACGUAACACUGUAGAGACCGACCGUAGGAGGCAACCCGGAAACAGGAACUUAGCGCCGCGGCACCGGGAAGCCAUCUUACUGUCUCCCGGGAAGAUGACCGGGAAGUCUGUCCGGGACGUGGAACGGUACCAGGCCGUGCUCUCAGAGCUGCUGCUGCGGGAAGAGAACAAGUUCUGUGCUGACUGCCAAGCUAAAGGACCAAGAUGGGCCUCUUGGAAUAUCGGGGUAUUCAUGUGCAUCCGCUGUGCAGGUGUCCACAGGAAUCUUGGGGUCCACAUCUCACGGGUGAAAUCUGUCAAUCUAGAUCAAUGGACUCAAGAACAGAUACAGUGUAUGGAAGACAUGGGAAAUGGGAAAGCAAAGCGACUGUAUGAAGCGUUCUUGCCAGACAGUUUUAUUCGACCACAGACAGACCAAGCGGUAGAAACAUUUAUCAGAGACAAAUAUGAAAAGAAGAAGUACAUGGAUCGCAGUGUAGACCUCAAUGCAUUUAGAAAAGAGAGAGAAACUAAGUGGAAGAAAUCAGAGUCUGCCCCUGAUAUAAAAGCUGAGCCAGUCAUAUUUGAGAAGGUGAAAUUGUUUAAUAGAAAGGAUGACACUCAACUUGCGAAAAACUCUUCACAAAGAACAGCUGAGCCAGUUGUGGACCUCCUUGGCCUUGAUGCUCCAGUGGCUACUGCUGUUCCCAAUGGAAAGUCUAAUACCAGCUUGGAAAAGGAACUAGACCUUUUUGGCUCUGCUUGCUUGGCCAGUGCCAAGACUAACCAGACUGUCGGCUCCAUGCCAAUAACUGGCUCGGGGUCUGUACCGGAGAAUCUUAAUUUGUUCCCAGAGUCUAGUGGGAAAGCAGAAGAAGGAACAAAGAAGCAACUUUCCAAGGAUUCAAUUCUAUCACUAUAUGGGCCUCAAACUCCUCAGAUUCCAGCUCAAGGAGCUCUUUUCAUGGCACCAGCACAAAUGCCAUACCAAAGUGCUUACACUGGCUUUCCAGCAGUUCCUUCCCCUAGUGGUGUUAUGGGCGGUAUGAUGGCAUCCCCAUUAGGAAUCAUGACUCAACCAGCACAUCCAGGUGUAGUUGCCCCUUUGGCCGUUCCAGCCGGAUAUGUUGGUGGAAUGCAGACAGCAGUCAUGGGUGUACCAAAUGGAAUGAUGGCACAACAUGCAGGCUAUGUAACGGGAAUGGGUGCUGUGGCACAGCCAAUGUAUGGCAUGCAACCAGGACAACAAUUACAGUGGAAUGUCGCUCAGGUGUCCCAACAGAUGGCAGGGAUGACUUUUUUUGGUGUAGGAGGAAUGGCGGGAUAUGGACAGCCUACAGCUAACCAGGGAACUAACCAGACCCUCAGCUCACAGAUGUGGAAAUAACCUCCUUUCCCUUUGAACUCUUGCUCCCCUCACUUCUCCAGCCAAGCUGGUCCUUCUCUGGCGGUAAAUGAGCAUCUUCAUUCCCCAAAGUCUUUCUAAAGUUCACUCCAAUUAUCUUUCUUUCAGUCUUACCCAUACUUUUACAGUGACACACUGGUCCUUUAAAACUACAAUUACCAGUAUAUUUUAAUGUAGAAUGAUAAGAAUUUCUGAGAAUCGUCUACAGACACACUCAUAUGUGAGCUACACACUUCGUAAUGUGAAGAUCCACUGCAAGGAUAUAGUAUAUACAGAUGUCCUAAAAUAAGCCAGUUCACCAGUCAGGCUCCUGUUGUGUGCUGCUACCAGCUGAAUACCAAUGGGCACAUGGCUCAAGAGACCUGUACAAUUCUACACCAGCAAGCCCCUUUCAGGUCUGCAGCUAAUCUGUAUAGCAACUGGAAUAGGAUGGCAUUCAUAUCUAUCUUUUUAUGGAGUAUAGGAAUGCGCUGAUAGAUCUGCUCUCUGUGGAGACCCGGGAAUAUUUGGGAUUUGAGGGGCUUAUUCCUUUCUCCACAUAUAGCUUUGUUAUGUAUUCUAUGAAAGUAGGGAAAAAGUAAAUAUAAAGUUAACCUAGUUAAGAGCUAAUUCUGGAAUUCUAAAAAAAAUAUAUUGUUACCUCUUGGCCACUUUUUGCUUGAAAACUGUAUAUUAUGUAUUUUCAUAUCUGAUUUUUGUUUUCUUUUAAUCUUUUAAAAUAUUUUUACAGUGAAGUUUUAUUUCUCAAGUUAGUUUCUGUUACAGUCUAUAUGCAGUUUGUAAGACCUGCAUCUCAUUCUCCUUAGCAUUUUUGGGGAGAUCUUAAAUGGGUUUGCCCACAAAAAUAACAUCCCCUGUCUGCCUGAUGGGGGGAUGAGUUUUAGGUCUGUCAAGGCCAAAACUCUUGGACCCCCAUCAGUGAUGAAUGAGAAUCCUAUACAUCCUCUGGUUGAAUGAAGUGGUGGUCGGACAUUCACACUGCUCUUCCAUUCAUCUCUAUGGAAUGCACAAAGCUAGUAGAGUGCUGUAUGUGAGGCCCAUAGAGAUGAAUUAAGAGGUAGUGCACAUGUCCAUUGCCCCAUUCAACCAGGGGACCAACAGUGAAGGUCCUAGCAGUCGGACACUCAUCCUGCAGAUAGGGGAGGAGUCUGUUUCAUGGGCAAACCCCUUCAGAACCACACCCACUUUAAAAUGAUUCUAUGGUAACAUAACUUAUACAAGUUUACUCCACCUUUAUAACUACACCCUUUACAUUACGUUCCCUAUAAUGAUUUUAAAUACUGUGCUGCUGAGUGCGACUAAAAUAGUAUGUACAGUCUGGUGACUUAGAACCUUUCUCUGUCAUGUUUGUGUGCAAUGUACAAGAUAUAUUUUAUGGCAGGGAAAGGUUUAGACUGGAGUCUAUUAAUCUUGUAGUAGGAAAUAUUUGGCAUACACCUAACUAGCACUUCUAGACAUUCACAAUGUAUCCAUUAGUGCAUGGGCCAUAUUUUAUUAGAAUAUUGUAAUAUAUUGGGGGGGGGGGGAAUUGUAAUGUAGAUUACAUUAAUAGGUUCUUCUGUGGGUCAUGCAUUAUAGGCAUACUUUUAUUGGUAGUAUGUUUUUUUUGUUUGUAGGAUUUCUUAGUAGUGUUCUAAUGGAAUUUGGUGCUGUUUAUGUCUAUUACUUUGGGAAGCAUUCACUUAAUAGCUAACCAUAUUGUCAGUUAACAUGCAUCAUACUUGCACAUUAGCUGGCAUACAUUUUAUGGAUGUGUUAAUGUCAUCACAUUCAUGAAGAGAAAUAAAGAUCCGCCUUAAGAGUAAAAUAUGUGAUGGAUUGGCCUGUUCGGGAAAAUGUACACCAGUGUGUUACACAAAGCUGGUUCUUAUUUGGUCAAAAGGAUAUUGUACAAAUACAGUAUAUGUAUACAUAGUUCUCUUGUUAAACAUAACCUGUUUGCACUUGUUACUUUUUAGUCAUUUUUUUUUGUGUGUGUGUAUUUAAACCAUUUAUGGCCAUAGGAGUUCUUGCUUAUUUCAGUUUUUAUAUAUUUUUAGAUCUAUUCUAGGAAUGUAAUACACUCAAAUCUUCAGAAAAAAAUGCACUAGGAUGUUUUUAAUUUUCUUCCCUUCUGAUAACCGAAAAGACCUUUCUAAUCUAAAUUAGCAUUUUUUUGCAGCUUUUCUGUAGGUUAUCCACAGAAGUAGAUCAGCCCCACUGCGCAUUUUUAGUGCACAAAGUUUAAAAAGUAGUCAAUGUAUGUAAAGUCUGUAGUCGCACAGGUCAUCAAGUUGCUACAGCAUAAUCUGCAGCAAUAAAGUCUGGUUUACACUAUGGGAUUUCCAGGCGGAAUUCUGUUGUGCAAUUCCGCUUGUAAACUUUGUGCAGCAGAUUCCCAUUGCUGGCAAUGGGAUUCGGCUUCACAGUGCACACUGUGGAGCUUUCGAGGCAGACUUUCCGCCCGGAAAAUCCAUA